ACGGAUGGUUCUGCGUAGACUUUUCGCCACACGCCAUUUUCCUCUUGACAUAUGCACGGAAGCUUUGGGUUGAGGAUGUCGUGUCAUGACUUGUUAGAUCCUCCAGUCACGGAAUUCUCGGAUGAACUUUAUUCAUUAUUCGCACCUCACUCUAAAAACCAGCAGACAACGACAUCCAAGAAGGGUGAUUCUAUAUUUGGAUGGAAAAUUUGCGAAAAUCUACAUGAGGAAGAGUUACCUUUCAACUGCGAGUCAAAUCGUCCGUAUGCGGCUUUACAUCUCAUCCAUAUGACACUUGAGGACACAGAAGAAGCAGCAGAUGGCGAAGUCCCUGAUCGGCCGACAUCAGUCAAUAGCGAAGUAAAAAGACGAAACAAAGUUGUCAGUUCACUGAACAUCGCCAUACGGCGUAGCAAAAGCUCCCGGUGUGUUCCAUCAGGCCCUCCUGCAGCAGUGUUGAGAAGUUGGGGAUCUAAUCAGCAACAUGGCAUUCGUUACGAUAGCAGAUUUCCAAUGUUAUUUCACGGAAUUCGAGAAAUCAAAUAUGAAUUCAGGCCGUUUUGUCAUCACCAACAACACGCCGAUGCAUACAGAAACUCUUAUACAUAUAUACUAAUUCGGAAUUUUCGCGAACUGAGAGCAACCGGAUUGAUUGGGAACAGACUCCAAGCUGCACUAAGAUUCAAUAUUUCAUCCUGCCAGGGUGAGCAGCACAAAGACCAAAACCAUAUCCAUGGAUGUCGAAAUAGUCAUCGUAAGAAGCAUGGUAGUGCAACGUAUCACCAAUCUCCUAUCGUUUACUACACAGAUCAAUGCCAAAGUGGACCAGUCAGCGUGCGAAGUGCAAUAACUAAAAAUGGCGAAUUUAUACCGAGCGCAGGUGCAUGCUUUCUUCCUAAGUCAACGAUGGAAAUUAAUGCAGUAACAUUGCGUCCGUCACAACAACGCCCAUUUGGGGAACAAGAUCUUCAGAACAAAAGCAACUACGGGAUACUCAAAACUUCGAAGCAGCUGAAAAACUCAUCUGGAGACUUAUUUUGCGUGAAAAGGAAAUGUAAUAGUGGUCCUGUGGGAAUUGUGGCUGGGACGAGCGCUUUUAGAAGAAAUAAUCAAGGUAUAUCAACUGGACGAAGGAUGUCUCCCUUGAGUAAGGUUCCUGUGGCUAUUCGAAGGUCCUCCCCAUCUAUUAGAGGAAAGCGAGAUCCUACUGAUUCGAGUGUCGAAGGAGUGAAUAAAUUCCUGUCAAUAGCCGUGGCGACACACACAGUGGCUUCUCCAUAUCACACAAGUGUAUCCCAGUCACAUGAAGAUAUCUCACUGAACACAGACAUAUGAGAGACGGAAACCGUGAACAAGGAUCGCAAAAAGAUAGAAACAAUCGUUUAUUUCAACUUCGCUUAUUUUAGCGUUUUAAGUCAUCGAUUGUUUGAGAACGAAGUGUUGUGUUUGUUUUUGCAUCAUAUAUGCAGAAGAAUAUAUAUAUAUUAUAUGAAAUACUAAAAAAAUACACUUUCA